GUUCCUGCUUCUAGCUUCCAUUACACCACGACACGCACCACCACCAGUUAGUAAGCGGUGUCGGUUUUAAAGGCUUUUGACCACCUAACUAUAGUGUCAUGAAAAUAAGCAAAAAUAAUUUACAGUAAUAUAAUAUAUCAACUGUAUAUUCAAGGUUCAUUCAUUCGGAAAUUGACAAAAGAAAAGACGAGCGAAAUCUAAGGGACGUCGACAAACCGGCAAACAAAGAGAUCCCUUCUCGACGACAACAUUUUUCCUCAAUAUUCUUUAGUUAUGAGUCAUGUGGCCGUCGAAAAUUUACACGGUCUAGAACAGCAGCUUGCUGUCCUAGGCUUGAACAAUGCUGAUGGGCAGGGUGGAGGCACUGGCAGGACCUGUUACAUUCCACCUCAUUUACGGAACCAAGAGGCUUCCAAAAAUGAUACGCCUGGCGGUUGGGACGGUGGACGCAACAAUGGCUUCGUGCAGAAUGGUUACCACGACAACCGCAUGAAUGGGGGCAACAGGUACAACAGUGGCCCGCCUCGCAUGGAGAGGGGCAGGGGGGGUGGAGGUUUCCGUGGCGGAAGGGGCGGGUCCUACAACCCGGUACAGCCUAUGCAGAAUGCCGGCAUGUUUGGAGUCUACGACAACAAAGAUGGCGGCGGCUGGAACACGACUAAAGAUGCCUACACCAGCUUCGGCGCACGUCCCGACCGGGGAAAGUCUGCUUUUUUCAACAACGGCGGGAGUGCGCCCCGAGGAAGUUACCAGCGUGGAGGGUUUGGAGGCAGUGGAAACAGCCGCUGGGUGGAGGAGUCCAGGGAUGACGAGGACUGGUCCAAACCCACUCAGGCCAAUGAGCGCCUGGAACAGGAGCUGUUCGCUGGUGGCAACACAGGGAUUAACUUUGACAAUUACGACGACAUUCCCGUUGAGGCCACUGGCCAAAACUGCCCCCAUCACAUUGACAGCUUCCAAGACGUGGAGAUGGGAGAGAUCAUCAUGAGUAACAUUGCCCUGACCCGCUACACUCGGCCCACUCCGGUCCAGAAGUACGCCAUUCCAAUCAUCAAGAACAAGAGGGACCUGAUGGCCUGCGCCCAGACAGGUUCCGGUAAGACUGCUGCGUUCCUGUUGCCUGUACUGAGUCAGAUCUACACUGAAGGCCCAGGAGAAGCCCUCGCUGCCCAGAAGUCUGGAGGACAGGACAAUGGAAAGUAUGGUCGCCGUAAGCAGUACCCCCUCGCUCUGGUCCUGGCACCCACCAGAGAACUGGCCCUGCAGAUCUAUGAAGAGGCCAGAAAGUUUGCAUACCGGUCCCGUGUGCGUCCUUGUGUGGUGUACGGAGGGGCUGACAUUGGCCAGCAGAUCAGAGACCUGGAGCGAGGCUGUCACCUGCUGGUGGCUACACCUGGACGCCUGGUGGACAUGAUGGAGAGGGGCAAGAUCGGCCUCGACUACUGCAAUUAUCUGGUGCUGGAUGAGGCUGACCGGAUGUUGGACAUGGGUUUUGAGCCCCAGAUCAGACGCAUCGUGGAGCAGGACACCAUGCCCCCUAAAGGCAUCCGUCAGACCAUGAUGUUCAGCGCUACCUUCCCCAAGGAGAUCCAGAUCCUGGCGCGUGACUUCCUGGAGGAGUAUAUCUUCCUGGCGGUGGGACGUGUGGGCUCCACCUCUGAGAACAUCACCCAGAAGGUGGUGUGGGUGGAGGACGGUGACAAGAGGUCCUUCCUCCUGGACUUGCUCAAUGCUACAGGUAAGAACUCUCUGACGCUGGUGUUUGUGGAAACCAAGAAGGGAGCGGAUGCCCUGGAGGACUUCCUGUACCGUGAGGGUUACGCCUGCACCAGUAUCCAUGGUGACCGCUCCCAGAGGGACCGAGAGGAGGCUCUGCACCAGUUCCGCUCGGGACGCUGCCCCAUCCUGGUCGCCACGGCGGUGGCUGCCCGUGGCCUGGACAUCUCCAAUGUCAAGCAUGUCAUCAACUUUGACCUGCCCAGCGAUAUAGAGGAGUACGUCCACCGUAUUGGCCGUACUGGACGUGUAGGCAACCUGGGUCUGGCCACGUCGUUCUUCAACGAUAAGAAUGGCAACAUCACCAAGGACCUUCUGGACAUCCUAGUGGAGGCCAAACAGGAAGUACCCUCCUGGCUGGAGAGCCUGGCCUAUGAACACCAGCACAAGAGCAACACCCGCGGACGCUCCAAGAGGUUCACCUCUGGUGGCUUCGGAGCCAGGGACUACCGUCAGACCAGUGGCGGCGGCAGCACUGGAGGGUUCGGGGGUCGUGGUGGACGCCAGCCCAGUGGGCAUGGAGGAAACCGUGGAUUUGGUGGCGGCGGUGGCUUUGGAGGCAACUUCUACACCAGUGACGGCUAUGGAGGAAACUACACUCAUGGGGGAGUGGACUGGUGGGGCAACUAAACAUCCCCCCAACCCUAUCCCCAUCUACCUACACCCCCCCCCCUCUACCAUCGCAGUGGGUCGCGCCACGCCAAACUCACUGAUAAGGAAACCACAUGUGUAACCUAAGCCAGACUAUAUAAACCCCUGUGUAGCUUCCAAACAGACUGCAGUACAUUACCAGCUGUGAUUCUCUGACCGCUUAUCCAAAAAAUGGAGCUGAGAGACAGGGGACCGAGAGGACAGCUGACCAAGAGGAAAGCUGGAGCCACUGAGCGAUUCCUAAAGAAACAUGGCACCGCCAGGCUCUGGAAUCCUCGUGUGGCCGCCCGAAGUGACAAUAACGUAUUUAGGAUCUUGGGACUUGCAGUUCUUUUUUUUCUUUCACGAUAACUGCUUUUUCUUUCUUUGUAACAAAACAAACUGAGGAUCAUUUGUUUGUAAAUGUACUGUGCCUUUAACAAUUAGAUUGUUUUAUCUGUCUUUUCUUUUAAGCGUCAUAACUGGCUAAAACCUGGCCAACGUACUAAAUUAUAUAUUUUUUGUUUUGGGGUUUAAAUGUGGUUUUGUUAUUUUAUUCGGAAGGAAAGCAAAAUAAGCUUGAACUAAAUAUCCAACCUUGGCAAACACUGAGAUGACAUUACUUUUGAGUGAGUCAUUUGUCCAUUUGAGCUUCAAAUUUGUCACAGGGUAAUCUGAUGGCUCAAACUAGCUCCGACCGCACGUUGCAGCCAUCCAAUGAGAAUUCCGCUAUAGGUUUUCAAACCCUUGUGUGACGAAAGUGCACUUCAAGAAAAAAAAAGUGUUCAAAAUAUUUUUCGCUCACUCUAUCCUGGAGAGGAAUAUGGUAGUCUUCACUAAACGAGCCAUUCCAGUUGUACGAUUUUAAAAUGGAAUAUUUAAAUAGUAUGUUCAUACAUACAAGCUAUUUGAGCAAGUCGAUGCUCAAAGUUCAGUUCCCCACUAACAAAUUGACUUGGCAUUGUGGCACCUAGUGAAGCAACUUCUAGCUGCCUGGUGGGUGAAUUUAGUUUUUGAUUGAGCUUUUUUACUUAAACAUUUUGGAGGAUGGCAAUUGACAAAUAUCCAUCCUUCUGAGAGAAUGUUUCUUAAAAUUGUCAAUUCUAAAACAGCACUUGCCAUAUAGAAAGUGAAGUUUGAAUGGUUGCCAUAGGACCACACAGUAACCUGGGUGGCUUUGCUUUUUGUCAAGGCCAUCCUGGGAUGAAAUACGCAUGCAAGUGUUGUUGUUUUUUGGUCAAGGAGUUUUAAAAAAAAUGCAAAAGGAAAUUCUGCAGCAGGCUUUUAUUUCAUUACAAAAUGUCGUUCUCUUACACCUUUUAAUUUAGUUCUCUUUUUCAAGCUGCGUUCGAAUCUGAAGGACAUUCUCGGGUUAACUGUUUAAAGACACAAGCUCUUCCUCCUCGGAGAGCGUAGGAAGGUCAGAAGUUAAGGGUCAGCAAUGUACAGGCGAGCAAACUAAAUUGCACACGUAGCAAAGGGUGAUGGAAAGUGCAGUUUAUUUACCAGUGCACCAUUUUAAGAGGCAAUGUGGUUUUCCUGUGUAUCCUGGCUGGUGAAUCUAGCCCACGCGACCCGGCCAAAGACGGGGGUGCUUUAACUAUCCUUCAUUCUGACACAGAACCAAUGCAGCUAUUCUUCCCUUUGUAGGGUUGGGCCGCCUUGAUGUAUUAUGUAAAACCACUGGCCAGUUUACUACUAUAGCUGGCAUCCAGGCUUCGUCCUUAAAUAGGAGGGAGGCCCAAUGUUGGCUAGAAAAUGGCAUUUUAAGUGCAAUAGGUAUAUAUUCUCAGUGUGUCUGUCGUGCCUUGACAUUUUGAAUUAAUAAGUGGUUAUGAAGCAGAUGCACUGACAGUAUUGUGUUAAUUUAAGAUUGAAUGGUGCUACCUAAGUUAGGUCUAGGCCCCUUUGUGAUGUUACUUAACAGCCAUCAAGUUUUCAAAAAAACAUUUUAUUGCACAUCUAGAGUUUUAUAUAAAUGUCUUGAGUGUGUGUCCUUAAAGCUUCCGAAUUUUGUGUGAGGAGAUUGUGAAAAACGCAGCUUGUUUACAAAAGGGGAAGGGUUAUCACUAUUUAAACCAGGAUUUAUUUGGGACCAGGUGUUAGUUCAGUAGCAGUCUGAGAAUUGAGCUAUUUGCACACAGAUUACUAGAUUCUACUUUUGCUGCUAGUUUGUGUAAUUUAUUAAGCAUUUUUGAGAAAUAUUUAUUUUUAUAAGCCUAAAGUGAUAGUUUAAGGAACUUGACCAAAAGACAGUACAAAAACACUGGCACUUGAAUGUUGAAUGUCACCGGUAUGCGUGGAAAUUUAUAUUUUUCGGGGUAGUGUGAGCUUUUUAAUGUCAGUCAUAUUGGACUCAAAUCAAAAUCCACACCUGUUACUUCUAGUAGUACUGGCCACACCGUCUAAUCAACCUUAACGUUUAAUUGGCGAACAAAAUUUGAAACAAACAACCAAUGCCAAGGUUUGGAUAAAAGUGAUAACAUUUUCUAAAAAAUAUUGUACCAGUGCAAGAAGUGUCCAGAUUCUCUUCAAUUAGCUUUUCCUUGUUUUUGAGGGUUUUCUUCCCUCCCCCAGCAAAUGUCUGGCACAUGGCAAUCUUAAAGAAAGAAAACAUGUGGCUCUGCUCUGUUGUUGUAUUUGCAUAUUUGGGCCUCUGUGUGUGUGUUCUGUGGAGUGUGUGUGUGUGUGUGUGUGUGUGGUGAGUCUUACAGUAACAUUGGCUGACUGAGUCUGAAAAGUAAAGGUUUGGAUGAAACGUAUGAAUGGAAAUGUGAAGCUGCAGAGAGGAGAGGUUGGAGAGCUUUCGGCUGGCCAGACACUCCCCUGAACGCCACUGAGUCGCCCACUAGUUUGUAUUUGCUUUAUGUACUAGUUUAGAGGCUGUGCACUGCACGAGAAAACACCUGUGCAUUUAUUGUAUGAUUUUACCAAAAUUAAAAGUUUUGACUUGCAAA